GCCAGUCUUUUUCGCUCUCUCGACCUCUUGAAUCUGCUCUCAGAGCACCCUCUCGGUGAUUUAGCAGCAUAAUUUUGUCUCUCCUAGCGCAUCAAUUUUUAACAAGCAUUCAUUGCGCUUCCUCACCAAAGGAUCUCUUGUAUUGACCAUGGCGCCUCAAGGCUCUGAGCUCGACCCUCCCGAUGUCGACAUGGUCCAUGAUGAAGAAGAUGACCAAGAGGAACGUCUCAUCAAUGAGGAGUACAAAACAUGGAAGAAAAAUAGCCCGUUCUUAUACGACAUGAUUCUUGGAACGGCCUUGACUUGGCCAACCUUAACAGUCCAAUGGUUUCCUGACGUCAAGGAACCAGAAGGCAAAAACUAUCGCAUGCACCGUCUUUUGCUCGGAACUCACACCUCGGAUGGCAGCGCCAACUUUCUCCAAAUCGCCGAUGUCCAGAUACCCAAAGCUGUAGCACCGAACCCUGACGACUAUGACGAGGAACGAGGCGAGAUUGGAGGCUACGGAAAGGCAGGCGAUGUUGCUGCGCUUAAAUGUGAUAUUGUACAAAGAAUUGAGCACCCUGGAGAGGUCAACAAGGCUCGCUAUCAACCUCAAAACCCAGAUAUCAUUGCUACCCUUGGUGUUGAUGGCAGAAUUCUCAUCUUUGAUCGGACAAAGCACCCCUUACAGCCCGCAACUUUGGGCAAAGUGAACGCGCAGAUUGAGCUAAUCGGCCAUAAGGAGGAAGGUUUUGGUCUCAAUUGGAGUCCUCAUGAGGAGGGAUGCCUCGUUUCAGGUAGUGAGGAUACGACUAUGUGUUUGUGGGAUUUGAAGCUUCUCGAGGCCGACUCAAGGAUACUGCGACCUGUUCGCAGAUAUACUCACCACGCCCGAAUUGUCAACGACGUCCAAUACCACCCUAUUUCCAAGAACUUCAUCGGUUCUGUAUCGGACGACCAGACCCUGCAAAUCGUAGAUCUGCGACAGAGCGAGACGAACAAGGCUGCUGUUGUCGCAAAACAAGGCCAUUUGGAUGCUAUCAAUGCGCUAGCGUUUAAUCCAAAGUCUGAAGUCCUUGUUGCCACAGCGUCCGCCGAUAAGACGAUCGGAAUCUGGGAUCUACGAAACGUAAAGGAGAAGGUGCACACCCUUGAGGGCCACAAUGACGCGGUAACAUCCCUCGCCUGGCAUCCUACCGAAGCCGGCAUUUUGGGAAGUGGAAGUUAUGAUCGAAGAAUUAUCUUCUGGGACUUAUCCCGCGUCGGUGAGGAACAGCUCCCCGACGACCAGGAUGAUGGUCCUCCUGAGUUGCUAUUCAUGCAUGGCGGCCAUACAAACCACCUAGCCGACUUCAGCUGGAAUCCCAAUGAGCCUUGGUUGGUUGCCAGUGCCGCUGAGGACAAUCUGCUACAAAUUUGGAAAGUUGCGGAAUCUAUUGUUGGAAAAGAUGAUGGCGACUUGCCAGUUGAUGAGCUUGACCGAUAGAUGAGGUGGAAGUUCUGGGAGAAGAGCCGAUCUUCAUAGAAUGAAGGCGAAGGGAGGCUGUGGCAAGACAUGCUACAAAUACUCAAUCGGAGGGCUAGGAAGUUUGAAUCUAAGACGAUGCGGUCUGAUAGGAUCGAUCUCGAGUCUGAUGAUACCGGGGCGGAAUCUCCGAUUUGGACAACUAGGCCAAGUGGUUACAGCCUCGCGAUGAUGGACAGUCCAGAUGUAAGUGCGGGUGCCGGGUCAGAAUCAAUGACAUCUAAGACAGAGUUGGACGAGGAAAUGGAGAUCGAAUGGUCCAUGACGGACGAUUUAUAAUUGCAAAUACUUAUCAAGAGCAAAAGCUAUCCAACCGUAGUUAAUGUAGUUUGUCGGGGAAAAAAAAUUGAAAAUUGGCGCGCCGUUGUAACAUCUUUGAGGCAGCUGGCAGAUUCGAUGGAC